CCAUGCGUGACGGGCCGGGAAAUUCAGAGAGCGUCUGCUUUCUCCAUAGGUGUAGAGAAGUCAGAAAUCGGAUAAAAUGAUUUUUCUACAAAUGGGUACAUUUUUAUGAAUAAUAUUGAAAAAUGAAAGAGGUGACCUGGUUUGUGCUUGUCUUUUGGAUGUUAAUUUUACCUGUAAUCAAAUGCCAAGAUGUAGGGUUAUUUCCAAACAUCCUGAACUUAGCAACAAGGUCUACCAUAACUGUAAAUGCUACCUGUGGAGAAGAAAAGAGUGAGGUUUUCUGUAAGCUUGUGGACCAUGUCAAAAUUUUCCCAGACCAGAACUCUCACUGUGACAUCUGUGACGCGAGGAGUCGAGACGAGAGGCGCCGUCAUCCCAUCACUAACGCUAUCAACGGCAGGAACUCAUGGUGGCAGAGCCCGACACUAACCAAUGGAGCCCUGUAUAAUUAUGUAACAAUUACUCUGGACCUCAAACAG